AUGUCCAACAACCUUCUGAACCUGUUCUGUCUUGUCGACGGAGAGGCCUCCACCAACGCGUUCCCUGUCGAGAUCGAGUCAACCAAGACCAUCGGCGACCUCAAGAAGUUCAUCUGGAACGAGAAGCCCAACGAGUUUCGCGAUGUCGAUGCAGACAAGCUCACCCUUUGGCGCGUCUCGAUCCCAAUCACAAAAGACAACGAGGACACUCCCAUCCUGCUCGAAGAUGUCCCCAGCAGCGACAAGAACAAGCUCGGUCCAACACACGAUGUUCCCGAGUGGUUUCAACAAGUACCACUCAAGAAAACGAUCCACGUCAUAGUCCAGCGACCCCCACCAGUUGCGAAAAGAGAUCGUGAGGAAGAUGCAGGACCCUCUUCCACGAGAAAGCGUCAUCGUCCGCACACGCUGAUGGAUGCGAUUGAGGAUGCAGGUCUCGCGGAGAUUGCUAUGGUGGAUGACGAAUUUGACCUCUCUCUUCUAAACAACAAACAGAGAGUCGUGCUGCUUGAUUCCAUUGGUCAAAAGGUCAACAGGUCGGAAACCUUCUAUUCGUUGUCUACCACUGCCCAGAAAUUGCGACGUGCCAUCAUCGAGGACAAGGGCAAGUUAUUGGUUCCUCCUGACACCAAACCUCCUGUCGUCGGCACAAACGAGAAGGACAGUUACGACCUAUUGUCUACAGGAGCCAGCAAGUCGAAAGCCGAAAUCGAGACUGAGGGCGUGCUAUCAGCUCCUUCCGGCACCCAACUUCCCAUCGUCAACACAAAGGAACUCUAUGUCAGAAAGGCCUACAAAGAUCUUUACAAAAAAAUCAUCGACACGUUCAAUAAUGAUCGAAACGAGGCUCAGAAGCAUGUCAUUGUUACGGGUACAUCUGGGAUCGGCAAAUCAGCCUUCCUAGUGUACUUAGCCAUCCGACUUCUUGCCGAGAGCGACGACGACAAUCCUCCGAUUAUCAUUUUCCACACCAAACGGAGCGCGAAAUGUUACGUCUUUGGAGGGCGCUCCACUGUCCGACGCGGCGAUAUCGAGGCCUUUGAGCCCUUUCUCAGUCUACCCGACACAUGGUAUUUUGUCGACAGCUCUCCUGACCCAAUACUCAGUCAAGCCAAGACCGUCAUUUCAGCAUCGCCCAAGACCCUAUUUUCCGAGGCUCAACAAUAUCAGGACGUCGACAAAAGGGUAGAGUGGCGAUACUACAUGGCCCCAUGGACUCUGGAGGAGUUGACGGCGUGCAGAGCCAGUGUUGUAAAGUUCCAAGUGGUUCCUUUGGAAGCGGUGGAAGACCUCUACUUAAAGAUUGGUGGUGUGCCGAGAUAUGUCCUAGAAAUGCCGAUGACGGCAUUGAACCGCCGUCCCAAUGACCUUCAGCGUGCCAAGGCCAAGGCAUUGGAGCGUCUUGUAAAAGCUCUCCACAAAGUCAGUGAUCCGGUGACGUUGAUGCAGUUCUUCUCGCAAGGGAGAGACACGCUAGAAUUUAGCAGCCGUCUGAUUCACCGUUGGCCCACGGAUGAUCAUGAGAACUUUCGAUUGGAGUGGGCUUCAACAUAUGUCGCAGGAGAGGUAGCCAAAUUGCUGACUCAGGACUCUUGCACCCAGAUGUUGAAGACGCUCAUCAAGGAUCCCAACGGAAGCGCUAGCGUGCAUUUCGAUAAGAUUACCCAGACCCUGCCGAGUACAUUAUUCAUCCCAAAGGUUUGCAACUAUGCCUGUGUCGACCUCCUUCUCACUCUAAGAGACCUGUUCCAAAUCACAGUAUCCGAGAACCACCCCAUCAAAGGACCACCGCUCAAAAAUCUUAUCACCAACCUCAGGGAGGCAAGCUGGAUUCCCCCUGAUGAUCUUCGGCGUAUCUUCGUCGUACCAAGCCGUGUCUAUGCCGAUUUCAAGGAGCAAAGGUACUUGGCCUCAGGUGGGAGAGUUUACGUCGAUUUCCCUCAGGAGUUUGAGCACGUGAAGCAGUAUGCGCUGAAGAUCGACAUGGAGUCAGCAGUUGCUGGCGGAUCACCUGGAUUGCAGACUCCAUUGCAAUAA